UUGAUCGUGGCACCGCUGCCGAGGUUGCGGAGGGCCUGGCUGUUGAGGUUCUUGCCGUUCGCGCUGCAGCCAAAUACGUAGUUUAUGUUGUUCACAGCCUUUUUACAGCUGAACUUGAUGUCCACGGGACCAGACGCCUUUCCGUCCAUCGCGGCGCCGACGCAAGCGGCCUGGUACUUGGCGCAGAACUGCGUGUAGCGGUUGGGUGCCUUCUGGACGACGGCGGCCUUCUUGGGGAGGACCUUGCUGCCGGGCAGGCGCGGGCGGGUCACGGCGCGCGGCUCGAGCUCGGCGCGGGCGCUGAGCGCCACGAUGAGGAGUGCCAGAAGGCCGGAGAGGUGGAGGAGCUUCAUGGCGAGCGGUAGUCGGUCGAGUGGAGAAGGAGGAUGAGGAAAGGGCAGAGCAAGAGCGGCAGGCUCCGCCUUAUGAGGGGCUUUCCGAGCUGCCCGUGGGCGGCGGAGGCCUGUCGCGGCGGGCACAGCGUACGUGUGUCGGCCUGUCAGGCAGCCACAUCUCGUCGCUCCCUCGCCUCGGCCGCCUCAGCUGUGCGUGCCGGGAGCGAAAGAAGGAUUCUCCAGGGCGCCUCGGCAGAGGCAGCGCAGCCGAGGCAGAGCUGGAUGCUCAUGGACGGCCCCUCCGACCCGCUCGCAGGUGCGUCGGACACCCAACGCCGCAGGCCGAGCAACGUGGCUGCAGCUGCAUUCACCCCGCGGGAGGUUGCUCGGGAAGGCCUUGUCUGUCCCGAGAGCCACACGAGGGGCAGAGACGCAGCGUCUAGGCGCAAGGGCGGGAGAAUGCUCGCUGUGCUGCGAGGUGCGUUGCGGCCGGCGGAGCGCCAUGCACCCGUCCAGUGGGCCGGCGCGUUUUCGCGUGUUGGUGUAUCGGCGAGCGCAGCGCUGCGGUUUAUCCAUGCUGCAGACGCCACUCGGGUGCUCGACUGGCCGCUGCGGGCCGGUGCGAGGCCGAGCAUGAGGUGUGUUCCGUGCAGGUGCAGCGUGCGUGAGCGAGGGGCAGGGUGCGGCCGCCAGGGCGAGCGGAGGCAGCACGCACGCGGCGCACGCAGCGGCUGCAGCAGCGGCAGCGCAGGCUGCAGAGGCCCGCAGCCAGCAGCAGCAGCGAGGGCCAGGCUCGGUGCCUGCGGCGUGCUCUCGGCGGGUUCGCCGCGAGCGUCAGGGGGCACGGCACCUGGGCUUGACUCACGCCUGACGCAGCCGCAGCGAGGCACGAGCGCAGCACCCGCAAGCUCACAAGCCGGGUGCCGGCGUCCGAGGCGGAGCGCGCGUGCGCGGACAGAACGCGCCGGCACUGCCCGGCUGCGGCUGCUGCACGCUGCUCGAAGAGGCAGCUGCGGCGCAACUUGCUCUGACGCUGCUCCUGCGCCGCACCCAGAAUAAGAGCAGAGGACAUCGCUGGGUGCACCUUUCAUGCAGCGAAGCAGCAAGCU